AUGCCGUACACUGACGAUCAACGCAAACUCGUUCGCGAGGUGUUUGUCUCCUUCAGCGAUGAUAAGAAGAGCCUGGUAAUCUCGCAGAAAAAGAUCCGUGAAGUCCUGAGCACCCUGGGCAUCGCCGUCACCGACGACGAGGUCUUUGAGUUGUGCACGAAGAUGCGCAUUCACAAGAACGCCAGCAUCACCUUCAAGCGUUUCAUCGAGACGCUCGACCAGAUGAUCGACACCGUCUCGGCAAUCGACGAGUUCGACGCCGCCUUCAGCUCCUUUGAUCGGAACGGCGACGGCUUCAUCACCACCGCCGACCUGCGUCAGGUCUUCAAUGACAUGGGCAUGAGCUUCCCGGAGAGCGAUCUGGAGCGCCUGCUGGCCGCCGUCGACUCGAAGGAGGCGGACCGCCGAGUCAACAAGGAGCAGUUCACUCACUUCAUGCAGGCAGUCAUCAGCGGCAAACAACAACAGCAGCAGGAACAGGAGGAGGAGGGGACGCCUACGGGCGCCAGCAAGGCAGCUCCCGGCGGCACUAGUUCCUCUUCGUCGAAGAGUCUCAGCAGCGAGGAGGCGGCCGCCAAAGACAAGAAAAGCGAAAAUUAA